AAUCUUCAUUUCCGAAAUAUUCGGCAAACAAGAAGCAACCACGAUGUACCAGGGACUGUUGAUUGCAACACGGAGGAAGAAUUUGAUACAAAAUUGUCCAGUUUGCAGAAAAAAUGGGAUGAAAGAGAAUCGGAACAUGGUCGACCGAGUGAUAGCGGGUCCACCUUUUAUGAAUGGUUUGUGAAAGAAAAGGUAGGUAUAUCAAAUAUCUCAUUUUAAUAUAAAAAAAUUCAUCCUGAUUCAAAUAAACUUAAGCUUUGAUUUUCUUGCCUUAGGCAUUAAUGUUUAUUUUUAAAAUUAUUUCGCCAAUAAACUCGUAGAUGGGUCGUUUUUAACCACGAUGCAACAAUAUUUCAUCUUAAAAAAAAAGUGAAAAAAUUAACUUUAAUAUUGUAUGUCACACUUGUUCUUUGACACUCGGAUAAAACGACAUAAUUAGUGUAUGUAAUUGUAUGGGGCCGAGUAAAAUUAAGGUUUAAUAUCACUUGUAUUUUCAAAGUUUUUUACCAAUUUGUAAAACUUGGAAAACAAGUGAAAGGAAACCGAGCAGGGUGAAAAAAAAAGAUUUCAAACAGUUAUUAUAAAACUCAUAUGCAUUAGUAUUCGGGCUUCAUAUAAAAGUCCAUCAGUGUUCUUUAUACAAAGAAUAAUAAUGAGACGGCAUCUAUUGUAGUCGUUUUUGAAGCUAUUCAAAACACUUGUUGACGUGUUUUAUCAUAUCUAAAAUGUUCAUGCUGCGCACUAUGUACAGAGCCGUAACUAAUCUGAUAAUUGGAGAGGGGGGGUGCAUAUUAAAUUUAUUAAUAUAUUCGUGUUCUGUCCGACGGAUUUCUUGGAUUUCUUUUGAAAGCGAUUGUUUUGACAGUAUGUGAACAUGAAUAUAUGAAUAUGCCCCCCCCCCCCAAUUAUUGUGUUUACCUACGACCUUGACUACUUACUGUUUAAUAAACGAGCAGGACAUUUUCAAAAAAAGUUUAAAAAGUUAGAUUUUCGAAAAAAGUUAAAUUAGGUUUAGAUUAGGGUUACCGUUGGGAUUAGGAGUUAAUGUUAUGGGUUUUGUGCCACAAAUUUAUCAUAAUGAUAAAUUCCGACGUGUUUAACAAUUUACUCAGUAACGAGUAGAAUGAAGUUUAACAAUUUACUCAAUAACGAGUAGAAUGAAAUAUAAUACUACUAAUAAAAAGUUAAAAUGGUGUCGUCAUAAAACUUAUCAGUAUCGGUUUAUUGCUGUGUAGGCAAACGAUGUCAAAACAUCAAUGUUUAAGCCGGUAAAAAUGGAAGCUGGGCUGGGCGAUCCUCCAAAAGAGUACUUAAAUAAUGACCCCGAAUCGGCAAAUUUUAUUAUAAAGCAUUCGCUUCACUUCGAUCCAAAGAAGCCACAAGAAUUCAUACAAGAGGUAAAAAAGAUCGUUGAAACCCAAUAUCGUAAUGAAGAUCGUGCCGUAUUUGGAAAAGGCAUGUAUAAAGUAAGUAACGACUAUUAUUAUUAUUAUUAUUAUUAUUAUUUUCUAGGUCUUGAUAAAAGACACCAACAUUUUGCUAUCAGGAAAAUUAUGUCUAUCGCGAUUAGGACAACAUAUUAUAUAUUUUGUUGCAGAGAUAAGGACUGGUCAAAUCCGGAAUUACUGAACAUUUAAGGAUACUCAUUAUUAAUAUAUAAAUAUUAAGUAGGUUCAAGUAGCCAAUUAUGAAUUACCUAAAUUAGUGAGAUUUAUAAUUGUAUAUAUACGUAUAUAAUUUCAAUAAAGUUUCCUUUAUGAUUAUGAUUAUGAUUAUGAUUAUUAUGAUUAUUAUUAUUAUUAUUAUUAUUGUUAUUAUUACUCUCGUCGUCGUCAUCAUUAUCAUUAUUAUUAGUAUUAAUAAUAAUAAAAGUCGAUUAGUGUUCGCUAGUUCCGCGCGGGCAAAGUAACUGCAAUGGAAAAUUGCCUUGAAAGAACCUGCAUCUCUCGCCCUCUUCAUUCAGGCGUCAAUGGAAUGUUUAUUUAAUAACACAUGAAGUCGAGAUCGUGAUAUAGCGCGAAAAUAUCAUAGCCGGUUAACUGUCUCGUCUAUACCACUGGCAGUGAACUGCAACGAUCACUGAUGGCUUUCAGUUUGCGUAAUCAAAAUUAUCAAAUUUGACAUCGUCUUGACGUUCGCGUCUUCGUGUGUACAUCAAUGUAUGUAUUGCCUGGUGCCGGAGGUAAAUAUUAUAGAUACUGGCCAUUUCGCCAAUAAAAAUCGUUUCCGAGUCCACAUAAAAAACAUGUAUACCGACAUUGAGUUCAGUAUGAUAAUGAAGUAUAUAGUUUGUAUAUAUAUAUAUAUAUAUGUAUACAGUAAUGCUAAAAUUUUAUUUUACAUUUACUUAAUUUUCAAUAGGUUCGCGAAGAGUUUCAACAUUUGGUGGUAGACGAUAUACGAUGGAGCAAAAUGACUCAUGCCCAGCGACUUUCAAAAUUGCAAACUUACCAAAAGACCGGUAUGGACGGGAAGAAAACGUACCUCAACCUAAACGAUGGGGAAACCGAGACGUCGACAGUCACUCAAGCAGUUUCAUCAGCAAAUCAACUCCCUUUGUCAGCUGCAGAAUGUGGUAUUACUACAAUUCUGAUUGUAAUUUGGAUGCUAUGUUCGAAAAGGCGAAAAAGCUGCUAA